AUGGCUGCGCUGGGCUGGCUCUCUCUCUGUGUCGCUGUGAUUUCCCUUUGCCCAGUCGGUCUGGGGGAGCCGCUGCUGGAGCCCCGGGUUCAGGAGAAGGCCUUCCUGAAAGCGUUGGGUUUAUGGAGCAGACCCCAGCCCUCUGAGCCCAGGCCUGUGCCAGCUCAGUUCUGGAAAAUGUACCACAGGAGGUCUAGGCCCCUCACCCAGGACGACCCGACUGGAGCUGAGCCGUGCCGAGUGGAUGAGAUGGGGGUGGAUGGAGACACUGUCCGUCAUCUUCCCGAUCUGGGGAGUCCGAUCUCUGGCCUGGGAUCCCAGCCAUGGCUAUGCACUCGGAGAAGGCUCUACUUUAACCUGUCGGUGCUGGAGGAGGAGGAGGAGCUGACGUUGGCCCAGCUGGAGUUGAGCUUCCCAGGAGAGCCGUACCCACUCCCCGGGGCAGCAGGAGAAACCUGCACCCUGUCCCUGUGGAAGGUGGGAGGGCACCCCAGCUCCAGUCCGAGCCUCAUCUCCUCACAGUCCUUCCAGAGCCUCCGCGUCUCCCUCAACUUUGACCUGACCGAUGUCUCCAGGGCCUGGAGGCAGCACAGCGGGAACCCGGGUGCCAUCCUGGAGGUGGGCAGCUCCCUGACGGGGAGCAGGCGGGUACCGGGCCUGGCCUGUGCCCGUCUUGGACUGGCCUUGCGCGCCUCGCUGUUGGUGGUGAGCCUGAACCGGGAGAAAUGCCGGGCGUCCAGGAGGAAGAGGAGCUCCUUCCAGCUGCCCCUGGCCUUCAGCCGCGUCUGCAAACGCAGGAGGCUCCACAUCCAGUUCCGGGACGUGGGCUGGCAGCACUGGAUCAUUGCCCCCCAGGGCUACAUGGCCAACUAUUGCCAUGGAGAGUGCCCUUACCCACUGAGCGAAAGCCUCAACGGCACCAACCAUGCCAUUCUGCAAACCCUGGUGCACGCCACUGACCCUGAGGACACACCCCAACCCUGCUGUGUCCCCAUUAAACUCUCCCCCAUCUCCAUGCUCUACUACGAUAACAAUGACAAUGUUGUCCUGAGACAUUAUGAUGAGAUGGUGGUGGAUGAGUGCGGCUGCCGAUGA